AUGCGCUCAGCCGUGGCCCUGUGCCUAGCUGCCCUGCUCGCUCGCUCUCAGGGCACCGAGGAUCCCUCCGCGCUGCCCGAGGAUGACGAGUGCAGCUCUGGCGAGUGCGCGGUGGACUUGCUUCAGAAGUUCCAGAAAGCCGAGUACGGCGAGGAGUGGGUGCAGCUGAUUGAAGGCAGCACAUGCCCCAGCGGGGGCUCGAUCCCCUGUGAGAUGAGGGGCUCCUGGCGACACUUCAGGUUUCCCGCAGGCGUUUUCGCCGUUCCGCGGCAAGUCUCUGUCCCUGAGAAUACCGUGAUCGAGGGCGUCGCGAAUCCCAACAGCAACGACCCGAGGACGAAACCCAACUAUCGCGGUCAGACCGUCUUUGUCGCAAACAGUGGG